AUGGCCUCGGUGACACUAUUUGCUAGGGUAGCUGCAACAGUAGUGAUGCUAACAGCUAAUACGAACGCUUUGGUCUGUUAUGAAAAUGAUGAAUCUGGCAAAGUAUACGAGAUAUCAAAUGAAUCCUGGGAUUACUGCGUAUUUAUCCCGGGUUAUGAAGAAAGUCGAGUAUUCGGCAUUGGUCCAGAAGUAGAUUGGACAAAAACAUAUGACGAAGCAUUUAGUACAUCGGACAAAAUAUAUCAAGUGCUAUCCAUUUGCCUCCUAGAGAAAUAUGAUUUUGGUCAGCUGAACCCAAAAAGCGCUAUCGAUCCAUCAGAAUCGGUAGAAUUCAUAUUUCGAUGCAUCUGUAGUUAUGAUCGCUGUAACAGUGCUACGACAUUUAGUAACUACUUGAAGACGAUCAAACUGGAUAAUGCUAGUAGCAGCGCUGAGAAGAAUUGA